AUGUUCUCCUACCUGCCCGGGCCUCUCCUCGCGCAGACAAGGGCAUUCUUCGAGACAGAAGCGCUCCUCCCCUCACAGCUCCAGGCAAGGGACAACUUUAUCUUUCUUUUCCGCCUGCACCAGGACGACACAUAUACCGAGCAGACCACGCUCGAGCAGUUCAUGGUGUGCCUCGAUGAGUUCUUCUUCGCAGGGCAGCUCACGCGCGGGGGCAUUUUGCAGCGUCUCGAGUACGAGCCGGACAUCUUCGCAAGUGCCCCGACAGAAGGGUACGGCAGAAGGGGUCGCCUUUCGCACGGCGACGUGCGCACGUCCACGCCCUUUGGGGAAUCAAGGCUUGCGCCGCGGCCUUCUGACGGGAGGUGGGUCGUCACGAUCUCCAUGGAUCCGAACGACCAGGUGGAUGGUCUGCCACACCCCCUGCACAAUCUCCUGGAGACGCUUGUUCACGAGCUGGUGCACAGCUUUCUGCACUCUUUCCUCUGCUACUGCGGGCCCUGCCGCGCUGAAAAGACGUGGGCGGGGGUGCUAGGGCCUACGGGCCACGGCCGGUUGUUCGUCGAGCUGUUGCAUUCUAUCGUGCGCGUGAUUCGCGGAUGGGACAAGGACCUAGCUGCGUUGUAUGUGUUGGACGAUUUCAGCGAUGCUUAG